AUGGACGGCGGUGGAGCGUACGGCGGCGGCAAGGCGGGCGCCCCUUUCGACCCGAUCGCCUUCGUCCAGCGGCCGCAGGUCAUCCUGAGAGCGGCAUGUCUGCUGUUUGCGAUAAUCGUCUUCGGCUGCAUAAGCAACAAGGGUUACAUAAUGGAAGGAGAAACGGAAGUCUGCCUGUACAACGGAGACACGAAUGCCUGCAAUUAUGGCGUCGGGAUUGGCGUCCUAGCUUUUCUAGCAAGCAUCGGAUUCCUGGCAGGAGAAUACCUCUUCGAACAGAUGUCCUCUGUCAAGACUCGUAAACAUUACGUACUUCUCGAUCUUGGGUUUUCCGGAUUCUGGGCAUUCCUGUAUUUCGUGGGAUUCUGCUACCUCACCAACGCGUGGAACAAGUCGAAGCAACCACCAAACGAUUAUGGCGUGAACAAUGUCCAAGGAGCUAUAGCGUUCUGCUUCUUUUCCAUUUUCACCUGGGCUGGCUGCGCUUGGUUCGCGUAUCAGAGAUUCAAGCAGGGAACGGACGCAGCGUUCGCCCCGAGCUACGAGGCCGAUCCGGUAGGUGGCGCCGGCUACACGAGUUACCCCGACGCCACGGACGCGGCUUACCAGGAACCGCCUUUCGCCCAACAGCAGCAGCAGCAGCCCCGAAUGGGCGACUUCCAAGCUCCGGCUUAUUAAAGUGUCAUCCGUAGCGAUUAUCAAGAUGUAUUUUUCGAGGCGCUCCGCCGCGGCGACCUGCCAUCGAGAGGAGUCGACGAGUCCAGCGAGCAAAUCGCCUAGCGGCGGAAGCACCGGCUCGCUUCCGGUCGCUUCUUUCACUUUCGGGAAUCGCCCUAAGCUUGUCGCGUCAGCAACGCCCUCUGGUGUCGACGCGAGGAUGUGCGAGCCCGGGCUUCUAGGGUUAGGCCACUGGUCGCAUCCCUUAACGCUUCUCCAUCGGUUUUUUUACGUUAUCGCAAGUUUCCUUCGAUAUCCCAAAUUGUCUCCCCAUUUCAUAACAUGAAAUGCUGAACGUUUGGGGUAUCGAUGAGACAUGGGAGUCCAUUUGAUGCUACCUCGUGCAACGUCUGCUGGAACUAGAAGUUUGCAGUCGGUCCUAAGGUGAUGCGAAAGUGGCGUCAAGGAGGUCUCGUUUAUGAAACUUUUGACCGAAUUGAGUGUACCAA